AUGUUGCAUGCACACAUGCUGUGUACCUACCUCACAUGCCGUGGAGGGGCACGUGAUGGCAGUCGUCACGCUAGUGCUCAUCGACUCCACAACCCCAAGGCUGGAGCGAUGCGCAUCGCAAACAACGGCAAUUUGAGCCUCCGACUGCCGACAUUUGCUUCUCCAUUGGGGAGCGUCAUAUGUACUCAGAUUGAUGCCAUGGCAGAUCCCAUCGAUCCACGCCUCCAGUAUCCCUCCUCUCUGCCGCCGCGAACCACCGAGCCGCCGUACACGUCCGGUCCCGCCCUCUCGAGCGCGCAGCCGUACUACUUGCAACCACCUCAAUCCCAGGCUCACGCUUCAGCACCCGUGGUACCUGCCGGUCUACCUCCGCUGCACGCCGCACCUCACGGUACUUUUGACCCCGCCUUGGAGCAGACGUCGCCCGCUCAGCAUGAGCAUGAGUCGCCCGAUCACGACGACCACGAUGACGACCAACAUGCUAGUCCCGGCGAUGGGAAAUCCCCCCACGACCUCAAGCGCCCGCGCGCCUGCGAUUCCUGUCGGGGCCUGAAGGUCCGUUGCGACCAAGAGCGACCAGAUCUCCCGUGCAAGCGAUGCGCAAAGGCCAAUCGCCAAUGCAUCACCACCCCACCGACUCGGAAACGCCAGAAGAAAGCAGACAGUCGCGUUGCUGAGCUGGAGCGCAAGAUCGACGCCUUGACUGCCACUCUCCAUGCACAGAAGGACACGCCCGACCUCAGGCACAUCGCCGGUAUACCCGGUCAGGAUUCUGCUUCCUGGCGCGGGCAGGAGGGCCAGUUCAGGAGCGGCAGCGUCGUUCAUGAAUGGUCCAAUGACCCUCCUACAUCAAACCACUAUCCCGACGUCCCACCCGGGUACAGCCCAGCCCAGAGUCUGCUUCGUGAGCCACCACUGAAGCGCAGAAGGGUGAACGACGCGCCAGGUCACGCAACGAUACCGGAGGAUAUGGAUGCCAUUCAUCGCGAUUUGGCAGAGCAUCCCGAGGUCAAGCGCGGGAAACGGGGGGCGGGUGCCGAUCACGCAUACAUCAACGCUCUAAUCGACAACAUGAUGACCCCUGAAGUUGCGGAACGCAUCUUCCUGCGUUACAUGAACGACAUAUGUCCGCACUUUCCUGCCGUUCCUCUCGCCCCUGGUACAACUGCCCGUGAAAUGCGGGAGAAAAAGCCACUGCUGUUUCUUUCCAUACUCGCGGGGUCCUCACACGGCGCCUCCGAACAGCUCGUUUCCCAAAAUGUGCAGCGGGAACUGACCAAGUUACUCAAGGAUCAGUUCGCUGACAUCAUUUGGCGCAAUGGCGAGAAAUCGCUUGAAAUCGUCCAGGCCCUGCAGGUGGGUGUGCUGUGGUACCGGCCACCUGCGCACUAUGAACAGCACAAUUUCUAUAUGAUGGUCAAUUGUGCAGCCGUUAUGGCAUUGGAUCUUGGCCUAGGGAGGCGCAAUACCCAGACCGUGAUGAAGCUUGCAGUCGGUCCAUUCAAGCGAUGUCACCCGAAUACCAGCAGCAUCGAAUCACGGCGUACUUUCCUUGUCUGCUACUAUCUCUGUAUGAGCAUUACUAUGAUCCUCCGCCGUCCCAUCCUGUUGCGGUGGACCAAAUACAUGGAAGAGAGCGUCAACAUCCUGGAAACAUCACCCGACGCAUUCCCCUCUGACAAAAUUCUCUGUGAGCAUGUCAAGAUGGCGCGUAUCGGAGAAAAUAUCUCUGUACAAUUUUGCAUGGAUGAUCCAUCAGUGGAAGUCGCCAUUUCUGACCCGAAGGUUACAUACGCAAUGAAGAUGUUUGAAAACGACCUGCAACAGCACAAAGAGGACCACGCAAAACAACACCAAGAAAUCAAUCCUGCAAUACGUUUAGCCCAGCACGUCACGAACCUCUACUUGCACGAGAUUGCAUUACAUCACAGUCAGAGCACGACAGACUUCCAGCCGCCGUUUCCCCAGGAGGAUUUUACUAGCGCCGCACAGAGAGAACCAGUCGGACCCGCACAUAUCGCUGCGCUCAGCGAAUGUUUGGUAUCCACACAUGGUAUUCUUGAUACUAUCUUGGGUGUCCCUCUAGAUACUCUCCUCACUCUCCCUGUUAUCUUUUGUGUGCGAGCAAUAUAUGCAAUUGUCUGCUUAAUGAAGAUGUGGGUUUCUGUGACUAGCUCGAGCGAAGUGGGCAGCAUCAUUAAAAAUGAGCACUUACAAAUUGAGAGCUACACGGAGCGUUUGGUCAGCAUGUUCAAUGCUAUCGUGUCUCGAGAUGCCCAAUCGCCGCAUGGCAAAUUCUUUUUCGUCGCACAACGUCUUCAGGAGCGCUUUGCGCACAUCAAGGAGGGUGCAUCACGGGCUGAAAUGGCAUCUUCUGUCAAUGACGAGUCUCAGACAUCGACAACGAAAACGAACUCUGCAACACGGUCACGACAGUCUCCUCAGGAUCAGACCCCCUUGCACCUUCUGUCCGAGGUUGCCAUGGGCAAUAGCAACACAUCUGCGCAAACCCAAGUUCAGCCUCAACAACAGUCCGCAGUGCAUCAGCAGGCUCAGCCAAUGCAAAAUUGGUAUCCCGGCAUGCCGCCUCAGCCUCAAGGCUCUGCAGACAUGAUGGGAAUGCCGAACGGCAUAUGGGAUCCCAAUUUUGACUUUACUCAAUUCGAUCUCGGUACUGGCUCAGAUGCCGACCUAAGCGCGUUAUUCAUUCCCGACAGCAUGCUAUGGGCUAUCCCUCCGGAAUUCAAUGUACAACAAGGGUAUGGUGGAUUCUAA